AUGGAACUGCCCUUCCGCAAACAGCUUGUGGACAGACGCAGGCUGUGCGAGGACCUGGUCAAGAGGCGGUUCAUAUACGGGCCCGGCUUUGACAUCUACGGAGGGAGUGCUGGCCUGUAUGAUUUCGGACCUGUCGGGUGCGCCAUCAAGAGCAACCUCGAGCAGCUGUGGAGGGAGCAUUUUGUCCUGGAGGAGGACAUGCUGGAAAUCAGUACCACCUGCGUCACGCCAGAGCAGGUUUUGGUUGCUUCAGGACACGUGGCCAAAUUCGAGGAUCUCAUGGUCCGAGAUAUCAAGCUGGGCACACCCUACCGUGCCGACAAACUGAUCAUCGAGUUCGUUGAGACCAGACUUGAAAAGGACAAGAAGAAACUGACCGCCGAGCAGCGGGCCCGGCUGGAGGAGGUCGCCUUGCUGGCCGAAAACAUGUCUGCGGAAGAGUUGCACAAGGCCAUUGGGGAGCUGGGCAUCAAGGCACCAGACUCGGGCAACGAACUUAGCGAGCCGAUCCCCUUCAACUUGAUGUUCAAGACCAAUGUUGGGCCGACUGUCAACAGCACUGGAUACCUGCGCCCAUAAACCGCGCAAGGCAUGUUCGUGAAUUUCCACAAGCUGGCCGAGUUCAACGGCGGGCGCAUGCCCAUGGGGGUCGCGCAGAUCGGACUGGGCUUCCGCAACGAAAUCGCCCCGCGAAACGGGCUGCUUCGAGUCAGAUAGUUUACCAUGGCAGAAAUCGAAUAUUUCGUUGAUCCACUAGAAAAGCGGCAUGGCAAGUUCGCAACUGUCAAGGAUUUGAAGGUGCCCUUGUGGACGGGUUGUGCUCAGGUGGACCAGAAAGAACCCAUGGUGAUGGCCAUCGGGUAGGCUGUCGAGCAAGGCAUCGUGGCUAACGAACUGUUAGGCUACUUCAUGGCCCGCAUUUAUCAGUUCCUAAUCGAGGCAGGCAUCCAGCCGGAGGGCCUGAGGUUCCGGCAGCAUCGAGAUAAGGAGAUGGCGCACUACGCCAAGGACUGCUGGGACGCCGAAAUCUGCACCAGCCACGGCUGGAUCGAAUGCGUGGGGUGCGCAGACCGCUCUGCCUUCGACCUCGAGCACCACACCAAAGCCUCAGGGCAAAAGCUGGUGGCCGCCCGGAAAUUCAAAGAGGCGGUGAUAAAGGAGGUGAUCACCAUGAAGAUCAACAAGAGCAGCCUCGGCAAGAAGUACAAGAAGGAGGGGCAGGCGGUCAUCGCCUUCCUGGAGAACGCCUCUGAGCAGGAGAAGCAGGCGCUCAUGCAGGCCCUCAAGUAAGAGGGGUCUGCGCUCAGGCAGGUCGCUGGCAAGGAGUACGAAAUCCUGGCGAGCGAUGUGGAGAUGGAGGUCAAGAUGCAGAACGUGAUGGAAGAGAAGUACGUGCCGCAUGUGAUCGAGCCGUCGUUCGGGCUGGGCCGGAUCAUCUUCGCUGUGGUGGAGCACGCCUUCAGGAUGCGGGAUGAGAAGCGGACCUACAUCUCGCUACGGCCUCGGAUGGCACCUGUGAAGUGCUCGCUGCUGCCGCUGAUGGCCACUGCUGACCUGCUCGCCUGCAUCCACAAGAUCCAGGGCUUGCUGAAGAAGAAGCUGGUCAGUUGUAAGGUCGACGAUUCCGGGCAGUCCAUCGGCCGGCGGUAUGCUCGCACUGACGAGAUUGGAAUCCCCUUCGCGAUCACCGCAGACUUCGACACCAUCAAGGACGGAUCGGUGGCAGUGCGGGAGGUGGACACCUGCGUGCAGGUGCGAGUGCCCGAGGCGGACCUAGGCGAGCUCAUGCGGGGACUGGGCAACGGGACGGUCGCCUGGGCAGAGGCCAUGGAAAAGUACCCCAGGUUCUCUGUGGAUGAGAAGGAAUGA